AUGGCUAAUUUCACUAUGAGUGGGUUUGUUCUGAUGGGAUUUUCUGCCAAGCCUGAGCUGGAACUCUUCCAUGCUUCUCUGUUCUUGGUUUUAUACAUGGUGGCAGUAAUUGGCAACGUACUCAUUAUCACUGCAGUUUCCAUGGACAACAGUCUCCAUUCCCCUAUGUAUUUCUUUCUGAAACAUCUCUCCUUUCUGGACCUGUGCUACAUUUCCGUGACUGUGCCAAGGGCCAUUUACACCUCUUUCAUGCAUAGUGGCUACAUUUCCUUCGGGGAAUGCGUAGUGCAGAGUUUUUCUUUCAUUCUUUUUAGUGCCGCUGAGCUGUCCAUGCUCACAUUGAUGUCUUAUGAUCGCUACGUGGCCAUCUGCCUUCCACUGCACUACGAAAUCAUCAUGGAUGUCAACAAAUGUGUUCACAGUGUCCUAGGCGUCUGGAUCAGUGGGAUCAUAACUGGAAUCAUGCACUCAGCUGCUACUUUCUCCAUGCACUUCUGUGGUUCCCAUAUCAUUCACCAGUUCUUCUGUGACAUCCCCCAGCUCCUGAAACUCUCUUGUUCUAGUGAGUUCAUCAGUGAUAUUGGAGUCAUUGGCUUCUUGAUUGUUAUGGCCUUUCUUUGCAUCACCUUUAUUGGACUGUCCUACACAAAGAUAUUCUCUACUGUGCUGAGGAUGCCAUCUGCUGAGGGCAGAGCUAAAGCUUUUUCCACUUGCCUUCCUCACCUCGCUGUUGUCAUUUUGUUCAUGUCCAGUAGUGGCUUUGAGUAUCUCAGGCCACCUUCUGACUCCCCAAGUGCUCUGGACAUUUUUCUCACUAUUAUGUACACAGUUGUACCCCCAACACUCAACCCAAUGAUCUACAGCCUGAGAAAUAAAGCCAUGAAGGCAGCUUUAAGAAAGGUUUUCCAAAGAAGAAAAGCUGAUGUCUUUUGA